AUGUGUUAUCGACUCGUCUCGCACAUGAUGCGCUGCGACGUACGGCCCGUCAUCUCCAACGGUCGUUCGAGGUUCGUGGACGGAUACGCCGAGCCAUCCACUUGCGCCUGCCCGCGGGACGCGCACAUUAAGGGCUGGCUGCGUUGCGACAAGCACGGGUGCUGCCGCAUGGCGGUUAAGAUCCACCUCUGUGUCGACCCGGACUCGUGCCUCGGCCAGGUGACGUUCCACCGCUACCGCCAGGUGCGCUGCGAGAUCCGCAACCCCGCGACCAGGGCCACAUGGCACGACAAGGAGUGGGAGGACGACGACCUGGCGGCGGUGGACGGGCUGCGACUGCCCGUGGGCGGACAGGUUCCCGGCACGCGGCUGCCGUUCGAGUGCCCCCUUUUCCAGAACACGCUGGGGUCCCUCCUGCAUGUUGGGCGCAGCAUCGCCAUGCUCGAGGACACGGUCGAUCGAAUGGUGGCCGACAACGGGCGCCUGACGGCGCUCAUGGACGGACGACUUGCCGCCACCAUGGAGUGGCGGGCGCCGCACAGGCCCAAUCACGAACUGGCUUGGAUGAUUACGCUCGCCAACGGCGCGGUUGAGCGUGGCCUGGCGGAAAAGCAGCAGCUCAUCGAAAGGUUUGGGAAGAUUCGGGAGGAACUCGAGAAGCUGACCAGGUGGGGGGAGAGGGUGGUGACGGGACUGGACGAUGCUCCCGACUGCGAGAUGCUGAGCGAGAGCGACGGCAUGGAGGACGAGGAGUCUCAGGUCACCAUGGGUCCGGACAGUUGCCAGAAGCACUUGAUCAUAUCUUGACGGUCACGCAAGACCUACCACCUGGCUCUCACAUGGCGCAUCCAGCACGGUGGAGACAUGGUGCAAGUGCGCGCGCGUGCGGUUCAAAGGUGGUCUCUUUGAUAGCCCGUUGGUGAAACAGUACAGCUGUCAAUCGUGGUCGGUACAGUAAUACCCAUAGAAGAUCAGGAAACCAGGCGUAG